AAUCGCAGUCAAAAGAUUGUCGAUUUUGCUACCGCCGCCAUGUUUUUUCCUUGAUUCGUGUUGUCGUGUCGAGUUGUCGUCGGGAGAUUUCUCCGCAGAAAUCUGUUUCGCUUUAGCCAGAGCUUAGUCUCUAGUUCCCGAAGCAUCAUCGCAUAUUGUCCGCGGAGUGCAUGUGAAGUGGAAUCGUAGCGCGAGUGUUCCAGUAGAAUCAAGCAGGGGUCCGUUUUUUUUGGGGAGAGUCCCACAUAAACAAUAAGGGUGCCUACUCUAUAAAAGUGUUGUGCAAAGAAAGGAAUUUGGUAUGAUGAAUCGGAGCGAGGGUCUUGUCCGACGUGUAAAAGCUCGCGAUACAGAAUCAAACAGUGGCAGCGGCGGUGGAACUGCUUCCGGCAAUAACUAUGACCAGGAGAACAAAAACGACGUGGAGGAGGAGAUGGAAGAUUGUGAUUCGAAGGAAACGCGGCUCACCCUAAUGGAGGAAGUACUGCUUCUUGGGCUCAAAGAUAAGGAGGGAUACACAUCUUUCUGGAAUGACUGCAUAUCAAGUGGGCUACGUGGCUGCAUCCUGAUAGAGCUAGGGCUGCGAGGUCGCAUUGAACUGGAACGGGCGGGCAUGCGACGGAAGGGAUUGUGCACCCGGAAAAUAAUCCUAAAAUCGGACACGCCCACCGGGGACGUCCUGCUGGAUGAAGCGCUGAAGCACGUCAAAGACACCGAUCCACCGGAAACCAUACAAAACUGGAUCGAAUAUCUGAGCGGUGAAACGUGGAACCCUCUGAAGCUGCGGUAUCAGUUGAAAAAUGUACGCGAAAGGCUUGCCAAAAACCUGGUCGAGAAAGGUGUGCUCACAACAGAAAAACAAAACUUCCUCCUGUUCGACAUGACGACGCAUCCGCUGAACGAUAAUGUCAUCAAGUGUCGACUAGUGAAAAAAAUUCAGGAUGCCGUGCUGACCAAGUGGGUCAAUGACCCACAACGCAUCGACAAACGAAUGCUGGCGCUAAUCCUCCUAGCACACGCGAGCGAUGUGCUUGAGAAUGCCUUUGCCCCGCUAAACGAUGACGACUACGAACUCGCCAUGCGACGCGUACGGGAAUUACUGGACCUGGACUUCGAAACCGAGGCUGCCAAAGCGAAUGCCAACGAGGUCAUAUGGGCGGUCUUUGCCGCUUUCACUAAAUAAGCGUGACUUGGUGGAACACUGUGGCGUCCGCAACGUGGUAGGAUUUUAGCGGAAAUCGCACCUUACUAGCCUAGCAUACGAUGACGUUUUGAAGGGACGAUAGUUUCGGUAUUAGGCAUCGAAUUCCGAACACAAAAAUAUGAGAAACUGUUGGCUCUGAGCUUGCUUUUCUUAAUUCCGUUUAUAUUCCUGAUCCCUUCUAAAUCCUAAGAUAUCUUUUACGGCUGAUUAAUGAGAUAAUAGUAAGACAUUCACGAAGGAAACAAAAGAAUAGUAAUAGUUAAUACACUAGUGGAGUAUAUUUUUAUUUUAUUUUACCUAUUUAUACCAGAUGAAUCCAAUAAUCAAAACAAAAAAAUCACAAUUAAGAAAAGAAACCGUUUCAAUAAAAAAAAAUAACAGAAUUUGGGCUUAUGAAUGCUAGACGUUUCUAAACAUAAAAAUAAAACAAUCCAAAGUUACUAAUGCAGGUCUAGUAAACUUCUAAGCAUGGUUAUUCAGUUACACACACGAAGUAGCCCAAGAAUUGAGAAAGUCAUGCUAAAUUUUAACAUUUGUGUGAUUUCACGUUUUUUAUGGUUCAUCACCCACCAUCAAUUGACUGUCUUUGAACUUUUACAAUUGGCUGUUAUUUUUAUUCUGCAAAUCAUAAUCAUACUCGUGUGUGUGUUGUAUUUGUGUUAAUGCUGAUUUUGUCUCACUACUUGAUUUAAAAAAAACACACACCGUAUUUUAUGUUAUGCAUUCAGUAACCCAACUGUGUUUGCGUAAUAGAGAAGUUCUGUUUUUUGUUCUGUUGUUUUCAGAUUCUGCACGUAGGUGUUCCACUUCUGACGACUAUCGAUACCAUUACGCACGUGAGAAAAGUGGAUAAGAAUGGCAAUGAAUAUAGAAAGCAUUUUUGUAUCUAUUACUAAGGAGAAAUUUGAUAUUUCCAUUGAAAAGGUAUUUUUUCUACCGGUCCGUACAAUUAUUAAAAAUAAAAUCACAAUGACUAAACACUGGAUUGAGCGCGGAUUGUUAAUAGAGGGAAAAGCAAAGCAUGGCGUUGCGUAAAAACGAUAUAGGCAAAACACCCAUUACAGUUACAAGCGAGUAAGAUUAUUAGGGACACAUCGACGUAAAACAUGUUAGCGGAUGCUGGCGGCAAAAGCAUGGAUUGUAUAUAGAUUUAAAUAUUAUUGUUAUAAUGUACUACGAUAUGUAAAAUAAACAAUUUAAAACUAA